AUGCACUGUGCCUACGCAUUUCUCUUAAUCCCACAACAGCCAUUGAGUCGAAUGGGCCGCUCAGUAGUUCUAGGCGCUGAGAAUGCCUUUUCUCACUAUGGCGUCUAUAGACCUCUGAUCCCUGACAAGUUUCCUGAGAUCAGCUCGGGACGUGGUAUAGUGAUGACCAAGUACUCAGCCAGCGCUCUAGGGACACAUGUAAGGGCAAACUGUUCCUUCAACGUUCAAAUGAAAGAUAUAGUGGCAGCCAUCAUUACUGGCCACGACGAUAUCACGCCCAUUUCUCAUAUCAACUUUGGUGUCAAGGAGGAAGAGCUUGGGCCGUGUCUAGCUCACAUUCAACAGUUAUCAAUUGGUUAUGAUUCGACGUCGGCCAUAUCACUGGAAAAACUCAUUAAGAGUAAUCACUGUUCUCUGCACCAAGUUUUCAGCUUGAAUUUCCGGCAAGAACCGGCCACAAUGGAGAAAAAUGGGAUUUUUGCAAUUCAAACAUGUAGUGGGAAUAAAUGGAUUGAUGCAGAUGUGCCGGUAGAUAUAAAGCGGAUAUUCUUGCCUGAUCAGGUCUACGAUGAAACUCACCAAAAACCCGACAAAAAGUUUAGAGAUAUUGACUUUUUGAAGAUAAUUGUAUGGUACCAGGGCCAUCUGUACGCUUUCCAGAAAUGUGUCUCUCAGCUGUCCUUCAUCUCAAUCGCGCACAUAGGCACAGAGGCAUAUAACGCAGAGAAGCUCCAGUCAAGUUUACUGGAGAACUUCGAGAGGGCUAGAAAAUUCGUUGUGCUCAUCAAAGGAAUCAGAAAAGCUUCCAAAAAAUGGGGUUCCUUUUUUAGUCCCACUUGGCCUUAUUGCUUAGCGAGGACAGUUAUGUAG